CGGGGUUGAGGUGCCGCCUUCCUCGCUCCAGAAGCGCCGGGCAGGGAGGGCUGCGCCGGGUCAGCACCUCCGGCUGCCAUGCGUUGGCUAGGCCAGCCUUGCGCCCUGGCUCCGUUUUUGCCCAGGGGAGCUUUCCAAGCCAUCGGCGGGCGCUUUGCUUCGGACCAAGCAGCUGGCACGGGAGGCAGCCUCCGAUCUGGGGCAGUUGGGGCCGGCGGCGCUGCGCCUGGGUUCCUGCCGGGCCAGGCACAGCUCAGCUGGGCAGAGGAGAGUCCGCUUCCCGGCCCAGGGCACCAGCCAAGCGGUCUCCGGCUCCUGCGCCGCCUCUUGCGGGAAUCGGGGCUGCUGCUGCUGCUACAGCAGCCCGCUGGCUUUGCGCUCCCGGCGGCGGCCGGGGGUCCCUUCCGCAGCGGAACUGAGCCGCUGCGCCGCCCGUACGGUCAGCUGGAAACGCCGGCGGUGGAUCCCAAGCUGCUGAGCCCCGAGAUAGCCUGGCAUGCGGCAAAGGGCGACUUCCCUGCCGGCGGAGAGGAGAGCCGCGGCGCGGGAUCCCGCGGCAACCUCGCACCUCCCAAAAUUACAGGUACAUCUCCGGAAAAUGUCACAGAUCCCAGUCAGGAAAAUGGGAAGAAACCAAAUAAAUCACAUCAGUUGAAGAAAAUUUUUAAGGAAUAUGGAGCUGUUGGAGUAACGUUUCAUAUUGGGAUUUCUUUGAUAUCUCUGGGGAUGUUUUAUCUCAUUGUGUCAAGUGGAGUGGACAUGACCACUAUUCUCUUCAAGCUGGGAUUUGAUGAAGCCCUUGUGCGAUCCAAGCUAGCUGCUGGAACAAGCACUUUUGUAUUGGCCUACGCUAUUCAUAAACUGUUUGCUCCUGUCCGGAUCAGCAUCACCGUAGUCUCGGUGCCCUUUCUCGUUCGCUACUUUCGGAAGAUAGGAUUUUUCAAGCCUCCGUCUCCAAACCCAUGAAAUUAUUCCCUGGAAUUUAAAAGGACACUCCAUCGUUUCUUCCUAGAAACAUUCAAUAGCUAAUGCGCUCUCUGGCUUGUCUGUUUGCAAUCUGCCCCCCCCCCAUCUCUUUCUUCAAAAGGAUGGGAAUGUGCUUUAUCUGAAAUCAGUAACUGCUUCGAAAACACUGCUGUCUAUGUGGCUCAGCUACAUUGUUUGUUUACUGAUGCCCUGAAGAAUUAUGGAUUGGGUACGCUGAUAAACAUGUCAGAUCACACCACUAGAGCCUAUUAUCUGUAUGGAGCAGGAAGACUUUUUAAACAAUGGGCCUAUUCAGGAUUGUCCCACAGUGGAAAAUGUUGAAGAACAGGCAUAAAUGAUCAGAAGGCAGGUUCAAGUUGAGGACUAGAAACACUUCCUAAAAACAAUUUGACAAUGAAACCCAAUUUCGUAUUUCCUUUUUCUGGGAUGCUUUCAAGCAUAUUUUGAUUUUUGAACUGAAUAAAGCUGUAAACUCUGUGGACUAA